AUGUUGUUCCUGCUUGUUGUAUGCGCACUAGCUGCGUCAGUACUGUCGGAUUCGGAACCACAAAGAGAGGUGAUCCUGUUUGACAAAGUGGAUGGUGACCAGGACGGACAACUAACUGUGUCAGAACUAGACAACAUAUUCCUCGCCUUUGAUGUCAAUCACGACCGUGAGGUAACAUCAAGUGAAUUUGAGAAUGACUGGACUGUACUUUACAAUCUUGGAGCCCCGCUAGAGGCACGCACACUGUUCUCUAAGGCUGACACCAAUGACGACGGUCAUAUAACCGCACAAGACCUCCCAGAGAUUUUUAUGUAUUUUGACAUGAACAGCGAUUCAUCCAUUAGUCUUGACGAAUUCCUGACUCAGUGGGGAGAUCUAAAGAAUGCACCGGUUGACAACGUUCACAUGUCUGUUGCCACUACGUCAACACCAAAACCACCCAGCUCCAGUCAGCCACACUAA